CCAAUUAAUUAGGUGAACAUUUGUUUUGGAAACUGAAUGUAUGUAAUAGGCACACAAUGGAGGAUUCAGUGAAGCUUUUAACAACAUGUAUUAUGGCAUUUAUGUCAAAUAUACAUAUUUGUCAUUUCAUUAAUUACAAUCAAUGUGCUGUGUACAUCGUUAUAACCUCUUAAUAUCCAGUUACUGACUACUUGUGUAGUUGUUUACUCUAUUACUCCAGUAACAAUACUUUGACCUGAAUACUGUGUCUGUGUGUUGGUAGCUGUUUAGCUAGCUUGUUGUUUUUAGCCUGUUAGCUUUGUUUAGCUAGUAGCUGAGGGGGGGCGGUGCAGGUGUUCUUGUCGCUUUGGUAACCAGAGCGUCAGGGAGGUAAAUGGAGCCGAGUCGAGCCGAGCCGAGUCGAGCCGAGCCGAGCCGAGCCGAGCCGAGCUAAGGUCGGACAAAAAGCUGCACCACACACACACUGCGGAGCAGAGCUAACUUCAGACAUCAUGGACAACUGUGACCUAGAGAAACUAAGCGUCUCUGCGGGGAGCCUCCAUCCGGACUUCACACCGGAAGUGACGGACUACACGGUGACGGUGGAGAGCGGUGUGGACGCAGUGACCGUGGAUGUGGUCACGAGUGACUGUGCAGCGUCACACUACAUGCUCUCUGGAGACGGGUCCAGCCUCAUUAGCCUGAGUGAUGGGCUGAACAGGGUGGACGUGGAGGUGGUGGCUGAGGACGGAACCUUGAAGACAUACCGUGUGGACAUCACCAGGCUGUCUGCAAAGGUCUCACAGCUCAGAGCUCUGACUGUGGACGGAGACGUUCUACUGCAUCCGGCCUUUACCUCCAACGUCUACGAAUACAAGAGUGAGUGGAGACACUCGGGCAUCGUUCCCUUCCACUGUGAGGCUGUGACGCUUUGUCCCGAGGUGCAGGACCGACGCAUCACAGUCACAGUGAACGGAACCGACGCCUCUCGACGCGUCCCUGUGAACUUUGGAGACACCGCGCUGCAGAUCUCCGUCCGGUCAGCAGAUGGCAGUAAUUCACAGGUGUACACGGUGCUGGUGACUCGAGAGCUCGUGCCGCUGCCGGUGACCUUCACUGAUGGGAAGCAGCAGCUGGACUAUGAAUGCCCGGUGUCCCUGAGUGCUUUUUAUAGGCCGGUAUCUAUCAGCCACAGUGACCCGAAGCAGACCCUCUCCAGGCCUUAUAGUGAGAUGCUGGCACGGAGACCAAGAGUGGACCCACUUAGCGCCUGUCCUCUGGGGGACGGCUGGAAGGUCGUGGAGCGGGACCUCGACGGGGAGAUGUCUGCUGCUCCGGUCAAGUGCUUCUUUGUUUACCGAGGUAAAGCCGUGGAAGGUUUGUCUGGAGCGCAGCUGCUGUGGAGGAAAGGCUCCUCAUGGUUUGUGUUAAAGGUCAGAGGGUGGGGGGACUGUCUGAAGCUGGAGAGAGAGGAGGAAGGUAACUGUCUCCAGGACACGGCUCAGUAACUGAGGAAGACAACGUUUUAAUGAUGUGGUAUUCUCCAGAGUUCCUCUCUUACUGUUUAUGUUAAUACACAGUUGACCUACACUGAGAUUUUUGUAGAUCCACUAAAUUUGAUAACAAAUACCCACUGUAACGAAUACUGGCUGUAAAGAAUACCCGCUGUAAAGA